AUUUGUAAUGUGGUCAUGUAAACGGAAAAAACAGCGUAGAGACGGAAAAGGGAACAUAACAAAUUUCUGCUCACCCAAAAUACUGCAAUAAAAAUGCGUUUUGAAGUAACUUUUAUUAAGACAUGUUUAAUUAAUGAGAUAUGAAUAUGCAAAAUGACGUUUCAUGGAUUAAAAGCGUUGAAACUAGUUUUUCUUUGUAGCGUUGCGGUGUCGUUUAUACAAUUAUUGUUAUACAGAACCAUUGUCAUAAAUGCAAAACAUUCACAAGUCGGGGAUGCUCCUUGGAAGAUUCAAACAUAUGAAGAAUCAGACAUAAAGAAUACUUCAAAGCAAUAUGUCAAAAACCCAAUAAUAUUCAACGAAAUCAAACAAACGCCAAGGGUCAAAGUCGUACCUGGUGCAAAAAUCGAAGAGCAAUCAGGAGUUAAAGUUGACGGUCUUCCAGCAAUAAAAGCUAAAAUUGAUGCCCUGCCAGCAGUAAAAGUUAAAAUUGAUGACCUGCCAGGAGAUAAAGUUAAAAUUGAAGACUCCCUCAGAACAUGUAGCUCACACGUGCCUAUGUCCGGAUAUCAUCAGUUUGCGCAGAUUACUUCAAAUUUUUCAGAUUGGUCCUUCAGCAAAAAACGGGUAUGCCCAGUUCUCAAAAUAAAGGAAAGUGAAAGCAAAGCUAGGCUGAAAUUUGUUGUUAGCUGCGGGAAUGGCGAGGCAUUUGCAAAACUUAUAUCUACAAAUUUAUCUGGUGAUGUCCAACAGUUCCUGCCUAAUGACAACUGCCUGCGAAGGUUUGUUGAAAAAUGCUGUUCUGUUUCACUCCCUGUGCCAAAUGUCGUGCACUAUGUGCUGUAUAAUAAAAGGGAACUUACUUUUAUUGACUUUGUCAGUUUUAUCUCAGUACUGCGAUUUGUGCGUCCGUGUGUUAUUUUGAUUCAUGGCAACAUCAUUCCGUCCGGAAACUAUUGGAAUUUCAUUCUCAAAUUAUAUCCGAAUAUUGUACACGUAUUUCGAGAAGUGAGGCAAACGUUGUUUGGUCAAAAAGUAAAAUUUAUUGAACAUUUUGGAGAUGUUUGGAGAAUCAAAGCUUUGUUAAGAUUUGGGGGAAUUUAUUUGGAUACAGACACGUUACUAGUGAAACCAAUCGAACCUCUUCGUCGUUUUCCUUGUACUAUGUCGCGACAAUCUAACAACGUAACCCAAACCCUUGUUUCAGCGUUCAUUAUGGCGGAGCGAAAUGUGACGUUUGUUCGCGCUUGGUACGACUGGUACAAAAUUUAUUAUGUCAACAGUAGCUAUGCAUAUAAUGCAAUGAUGUAUCCAAGUUUACUGGCGGGUCGUAAACCGGGUCUCAUCCAUAUUGAACACGGUACAGUCGCAAGACCCGACAAUCAAUUUCGUGAUAUCAUUUUCAACACGAAUACAAAUUGGGCAAAUAUUUACGGAAUGCACCUGUAUGUUAAAUCAUAUAGGGGAAACACAAAAUAUAUAGAUGAGAAUAGUGUUAAAACGUUUAAUGCUACUGUUGGGGCUAUUUGUCGACACAUCCUUUACGGAAAUAAAGAUUUGUGUUUCAGCAGCUCCUGAUGCAAUAAUAUUACAUAUAAUAUAAGAAAGAAUGGGAAAUUUAAAAUUUAUGGAAGCGGGUUUGCAUAUGGUUAUGAUUGUGUAAUGUUCCAGUUCAAGUUAAAAUCGUUAUAGUACAAAUAGGGAGAGAAGGGCCGAAGUUUCUUAUUUUUUUCAGGAAAAAAACUAGCUUCCUCUACAUUAGAAUAAAAACUAUAUGUACGCAUAUCAUUACAAAAGAAGUUUCGUGCUUUUUCCUAGAUAUAUAUGACAUUAAAAACCAAUAUGAAGUUUUGGAGAUGCUUAAUGAAUCAAACUGUAUAAACAUAGUUUUGUACUUAAUAUUUGGGUUUAUAUUCGGGUUUAUUUGGAGAGAUUAAAUACUAGUAACCGAAGGUAUCUUAAAAUAAUUCAGGAGCUCCAAGCUCUUGAUCAAUAGAAAGUUCAACAUAUGUUGUUUAGAAAUAUCAAUUAAAGAAGAAGAUUAGAUAAAAACUGUUAUACAUGCUAAAAUCAAACACGGCUUCGACUGUAUGAAGAUUGUUUCCUUUGAAAUAAUCUAUACAAUAUGUUACAAGCUACAAAAUGUAUCAAUCGUGUAGAUAUAAAUACCAAGGUUGAUUGGAUCAAUAGACCUAUUACGAAAAAAAAAGAAAAAAAAACAAAAAAACACAAAAACAUACAGUUAUACAUAAAGCUUGAAAUCUGAAAAUUAAAAUGUAACGUUUAUCAAAUUGAGCCUGCAACAUUUUCAAUUGGCGUUUUGGACGUUCUGAAGGGAUUCUGUUUUUUCUAUAUUUUCAAACUAUACUUUAUCAAGAAAAAAUGUCAUUGUAAUACAUCAUUUGAUAAGACAAAAGUUUUGUUUUCUAAGUCUAUUCAUAGUCCUUUUUUGUCAAAUUUUGAUAGCACGUUCAGAUUCGAUUACCAAUAAUCUAUGGCUAUGUAGGAGAAUUAGAGGUAAAAUUUGUAGGAGAAUUAGAGGUAAAAUUUAUUAAAAGGUCUGCAGUGUUUUUAAACAAAUGAUGGCAAUCAUGAAAUCACCAUUUUUCCAAGUUUUAAAAGGCGUUUUCAGAAUUUGUAGAUUAUCUUUACAUUGCAUUUAUAAAGCGCGGUUGAACCAAAUACAUGUAAUAUGUAUGCGAAUAUUGAAAAGAACAUCAAAAUAGUUAAAGAUAUACUAUGCUUAUCUUUGAUUAAAAUAAUUUAACCGCAGAAAUUAUUUGAAAUCUUUGAAAUUCUUACUGAAUAUAUCUAAUUUGAAUUAAACUAUGUGAAAACUACAUGUAUUGGAAGCUGCGUUCCCUAUUACAGGUGAAGUAAAUUUGGUCUUUUCUUUGAAAAAACUGUUAGGUUUUUCAAUGUCACUAUAUAUUCAUAGCAUAAGAGGCCUUCCAAAGUGUCGAGUUUAAUACAUACCGUAUCUACUCUGUGUGAAGCAUGUUGAUUUUAUAUUUACAAAGAGUCAGUUUAGCAAUUUUCAAUAUUUUCGAUUAUCAAAUUUGAGCAUAAUAUAUCUUUAUGACAUAUCUGUCAAUAUCUAGUCAAAUCUUCAAAAUUUCUGCACAUAUAUUUUCAUUGUAUA